AUGGCCGGAAAUAGCAACUCAGAAACAACGACACGUAUCGUAUGUAUAAGUGAUACUCAUGCACGCUAUCACUUUGACCUUCCAGCCGGAGAUAUUCUUGUUCAUGCUGGUGAUUUCUCCAUGACUGGUUAUAUAAGUGAAGUCGAAGGUUUUCUCGAAUAUCUAAAAUCACUAACGAAAUUUCGUUUAAAAAUUAUUAUUGCGGGUAAUCAUGAUUUAACAUUGGAACCAGAGUUUUAUCGACGAAAAUGGAAUCGGUGGCAUCCGGGUAGACAACAAGACGUCGAGUUGAUCGGUCGUCUAAUUCGUGAUCCAUCAUUGGCGACUAACUAUGGUAUAAUCUACUUAGAAAAUCAAGAAUUUGUUGAUUCACAAACUGGAUUGAAGUUUUACGGAAGUCCAUAUCAACCGGAAUUUUGUGAUUGGGCGUUUAAUUUACCUGUAAAUGGUCCGGAACUCAAACAAAUGUGGGCAAAAAUACCCGAUGACGUCGAUGUACUCAUCACACAUGGUCCACCAGCAAAUAUUCUCGAUAAAACAUACACAGGUCAAUCUGCCGGUUGUUCUCAUCUGCUUGCACGUGUGCAAAAAAUUCGCCCACGUUUACAUGUCUUCGGUCAUAUUCAUGAAGCAUAUGGGCAGGAAGAACAUGGUUCAACCAUAUUUGUCAAUGCAUCAACAUGCAAUUUACGUUAUAAGCCAAAUCAGCCACCCAUUGUUGUUGAUUUAGCAAUCAAAAAGGCGAAGUGA